GUUUUUGUUGAACAGGGGAAAACUACAUUCAACAACCAGGUAAACGAUGGAUGAUGACGCCGAAACCUACAAAUUGUGGCGCAUCCGUAAGACGGUAAUGCAGUUAAGCCACGACCGAGGCUAUCUGGUAACGCAGGAUGAACUGGAUCAGACGCUAGAGCAAUUCAAGGAGCAAUUUGGUGACAAACCCAGCGAAAAGCGGCCCGCACGUUCCGAUCUUAUCGUGCUGGUAGCGCACAACGAUGAUCCCACGGAUCAAAUGUUUGUGUUUUUCCCUGACGAGCCGAAGAUAGGAAUCAAAACGAUCAAGACGUACUGUACCCGUAUGCAGGAGGAAAACAUUCACCGUGCUAUUGUUGUCGUGCAAGCCGGCAUGACUCCAUCGGCUAAACAAUCACUGGUCGAUAUGGCGCCGAAAUACAUUUUGGAACAAUUCCUCGAGUCUGAGCUGCUGAUCAACAUUACCGAACACGAGCUGGUGCCGGAACACGUCGUAAUGACACCGGAAGAGAAACAGGAGCUGCUUGCCCGGUACAAGUUGAAGGAAAACAUGCUGAUGAGGAUACAGGCGGGCGAUCCGGUCGCACGCUAUUUCGGACUGAAACGGGGCCAGGUGGUAAAAAUUAUUCGUCCCUCGGAAACGGCCGGUCGCUACAUUUCGUACCGCUUGGUAUGCUGAAGAGUGGAAGUGAAUGUUUUUUCAAAUAAAUCGUACCACA